AUGGCGAAUAAAUUUGGAUUAGGUUCUUUACCUUUAGAUACUAAAAAACCUAUCACAACAGCAUGGAUAAAUAAAGCAAAACCUUAUUUUGUGGAACAAAUUGGAGACACACUUCAAGGUGAUUUAGAUAUGAAUAAUUUUUCCAGAACUAAUUUAAAGUUACCAGAAAAUCAUAAUGAUGCUGUUCACAAGAAAUAUUUAAUGGAUCAAUUAAAUUUAAUUGAAUUACAACAAGAAGUAACAAGUUUGAAAAGUUUUAUUGAAGAACAAUUACUUAAUGUAGUAGAUAAAACUCAAUUACAACCUUUAAGUUCAUUAAUAUCUAAUUUAGAUGAUAAGAUUACAAAACAAAAAAUAGAUCUUAAACAACUAAUAGCCAAUAUUAAUCCAGGUAUAAGUGAAGAUAAAUUAAUAACAUUAGAAACUAAACUUAUUGAUAAUAGUGAAAUACAAAAACAAAUGGUUGGUAUUAAACAACAAUUACUUAAUGUAGUAGAUAAAACUCAAUUAGAAAAUUUACAAUUAUUAAUAUCUAAAUUAGAUGAUAAGAUAACAAAACUAAAAAUAGACCUUAAACAACUAAUUCAAAAACAAUUACUCAAUUUAGUAGAUAAAACUCAAUUAGAAAAUUUAAAAUCAUUAAUAUCUAAAUUAGAUGAUAAGAUAAUACAAAAAAUAGAUAAUAUUAUUCAAGGUAUGAAUGAAGAUGAAUUAGCCGCAUUAGAAACCAAACUCAAUGAUAAUAGUGAAAUAGAUGCUAUUAAAGAACGAUUAGACAAUCUAGUAGAUAAAACUCAGUUAGAAAGUUUAAGUUCAUUAUUAUCUAAUUUAGAUAAGAUUACAAAACAAAAAAUAGAACUUAAACAACUAAUAGAUAAUAUUAAACCAGGUAUAAGUGAAGAAAAAUUAACUGAAUUAGAAACCAAACUCAAUGAUAAUAGUGAAAUAGAUGCUAUUCAAAAACAAUUACUCAAUUUAGUAGAUAAAACUCAAUUAGAAAAUUUAAAAUCAUUAAUAUCUAAAUUAGAUGAUAAGAUAAUACAAAAAAUAGAUAAUAUUAUUCAAGGUAUGAAUGAAGAUGAAUUAGCCGCAUUAGAAACCAAACUCAAUGAUAAUAGUGAAAUAGAUGCUAUUAAAGAACGAUUAGACAAUCUAGUAGAUAAAACUCAGUUAGAAAGUUUAAGUUCAUUAUUAUCUAAUUUAGAUAAGAUUACAAAACAAAAAAUAGAACUUAAACAACUAAUAGAUAAUAUUAAACCAGGUAUAAGUGAAGAAAAAUUAACUGAAUUAGAAACCAAACUCAAUGAUAAUAGUGAAAUAGAUGCUAUUCAAAAACAAUUACUCAAUUUAGUAGAUAAAACUCAAUUAGAAAAUUUAAAAUCAUUAAUAUCUAAAUUAGAUGAUAAGAUAAUACAAAAAAUAGAUAAUAUUAUUCAAGGUAUGAAUGAAGAUGAAUUAGCCGCAUUAGAAACCAAACUCAAUGAUAAUAGUGAAAUAGAUGCUAUUAAAGAACGAUUAGACAAUCUAGUAGAUAAAACUCAGUUAGAAAGUUUAAGUUCAUUAUUAUCUAAUUUAGAUAAGAUUACAAAACAAAAAAUAGAAUUUAAACAACUAAUAGAUAAUAUUAAACCAGGUAUAAGUGAAGAAAAAUUAACUGAAUUAGAAACCAAACUCAAUGAUAAUAGUCAAAUAGAUGCUAUUAAACAACAACUUCUAAAUGUAGUAGAUAAAACUCAAUUUCAAAAUUUAAAAUCAUUAAUAUCUAAUUUAAAUGAUAAGGUCACAAAGCAAAAAAUAGAUCUUAAACAAUUAAUAGAUAAUAUUAAACCAGGUAUAAGUGAAGACACGUGGCAACAGGAAUCAACUGCUCUAGCAACUUAA